AUGAAACUCUUCUUGAUCGCCGCCGUAGCUCUGGUUUCCAGCUCUUUCGCUGCACCAGCUACAGACAUAGCCCUCGUCAAGAAAUCAUCUUAUCAUAUCGACACGAUCCCUUACAAUGGUCUUCCUAGUGCCAAAGUCGAUGUCGACGCACUCCGCGCUGAGCAAAAGGGGGGACAAACCGCUACCACGAAUGUAAAAGUCAUGAGGUCCUCUAAGGUUACACCUAAGAAGAAGACAUCGAAGAAGCCUUCUGCCAAGGCGUCGGUCAAGAAGACCAAGUCUAGAAAGAAGCCCAAGACAACUCAUUCAAAGAGAUUGCUCAAGUCUUCGUCGACUGGCUUCAAGAACGGUCAGGAUCUUGUUAAUUCCUUGGAUAGUCUUGUUGCUCAAAUCGCUGCUCGAGGUGACAGAAUCAAUGGAACGCUCCUUAGAGUUCAAGCCGGAACAGAGACUCGCAACAAAGGCACCACCGACGCCCUCAAAGAAAUCAUCCAAAUCCGCGCCGCCGUCUCCGGCGCACUAACCAGACUCUCCACCACCAAGAACCUCAAACUCACCAGCGACCAACGCGCCGACGUCCUCAACCUAGUCGAAGAACUCGUCAAAGAACUCCUCGACAUCAUCAACGACCUCAUCAAGACGCUCGGUCUCAAACUCAGCCUCAAAGCAUCGCUCAACCCUCUCAUGAACAUGCUGAGCGAUUUCCUAGGCGGUCUGGCAGUGACUGAUGGCAAACUUACGCCAGAGUUGCGUGAACGCUUGGGGGAUUUGAUUAGAGCUCAGAUUAACGGUGAUGAUACGCGAGGAUUUGAUGCGCUUGGUAGUGGGAUUGAGAAUCCGCUUUUGCGUCUUCAUGGGUCUCUGAAGACCAGUGUCGGAUCGAACUAG